AUUCAUUCCAUUUGAAACUGCUUCAGUUUUCCCCCAAAUCGGAGGGGUUUUUGAGCUUGACUUCAAUUGGACUUCCAAAAUCCGAAUACUCAAAGAUUAAACGGUUAAAAUCACUCGGCAAAAAUGUAUAUGGAUGAUGAGUACGAGCAGGGCGACAACGGCGAGGAGCAUGGCUACAACAAUGGCGAGGACUACGACGACGGCGAGGGAGACGGCGAGGAGGAUAUCACGCAGGAGGAUGCCUGGGCGGUGAUCAGCGCUUACUUUGAGGAGAAAGGUCUGGUGCGGCAGCAGCUCGACUCAUUCGAUGAGUUUAUCCAGAACACGAUGCAGGAGAUUGUCGACGAGUCGGCCGAUAUCGAGAUCCGUCCCGAGUCGCAGCACAAUCCCGGACACCAGCCGGACUUCGCUGAGACUAUAUACAAGAUCAGUUUUGGUCAGAUUUACCUCAGUAAACCGAUGAUGACGGAAUCUGAUGGAGAAACAGCUACCUUGUUUCCCAAGGCUGCAAGGCUUAGGAAUUUGACGUAUUCAGCCCCAUUGUAUGUUGAUGUGACCAAGAAAGUCAUAAAGAAAGGUCAUGAUGGGGAGGAAGUUACUGAGACUCAGGAUUUCACAAAAGUCUUUAUUGGGAAGGUUCCUAUAAUGCUGAGGUCAAGUUAUUGCACAUUAUAUCAGAAUUCUGAGAAAGAUUUGACAGAACUUGGGGAGUGCCCAUAUGACCAAGGUGGUUAUUUCAUCAUCAACGGCAGUGAAAAGGUGUUGAUUGCUCAGGAGAAGAUGAGCACUAAUCACGUCUAUGUAUUUAAAAAGAGGCAACCAAACAAGUAUGCCUAUGUGGCUGAAGUUAGGUCCAUGGCGGAGACACAAAACAGGCCACCCAGUACCAUGUUUGUCCGCAUGCUUUCUCGAACUAGUGCCAAAGGGGGCUCAUCUGGCCAGUAUAUACGUGCUACCCUCCCAUACAUACGCACUGAGAUCCCUAUCAUUAUUGUGUUUCGAGCACUAGGAUUUGUUGCCGACAAAGAUAUAUUAGAGCAUAUCUGCUACAAUUUUCAAGAUACUCAAAUGAUGGAACUGCUUCGGCCUUCCUUAGAAGAAGCAUUUGUUAUCCAGAACCAACAGGUACUCUUCAUGCAUUGUUGCAUCAGCUGCUCUUCUCUGCAUCUAGUCUACGUGGGUGCUUCAUAUCUGGUCGUUGUAUAG